AUGGCUCAAGCAAUUCUACCGAUUACCCUACCAGGCGCGAUGCCAGGGAUGCAGGCCUCCUCCAUCUUCAGCUCCCUGUUCUGGAGCUCGGAGACCUCUCGGAAGAGCAAGCAGAACACCACCCUGUCGCCGGUCAAGCAGGUGGUCUUGCUUCUGCCGGACGCCCCUGGCGUCGGCGGCUGCGGUGACAACUCAGAUCACAUCGACAUUUGCAAGCCGACCGUCAUCGUCACCCUGUGGUACGACCUGAAGAACUACGAGAAGUUGUGGCACGCGCUGCGGAGGGAGAAGCGCUGGCCGAGCGUGGAGGCGUUCUCGGUCAUAGGGCCGGUCGGCGACGCGCUCAAGCAGUCGGUAGAGCAGUGCGUCUUCACGGAGCUCGGCUGGGAGGUGAACGCCGGUCGGCGAGGAAAAGGAGCAAGUGGCAGACCGUGCGGGUCUCCGCGAGGUGCCCCACGCCGGACGACUACUGCGCGCUGCACAGCUCGGGCGGGCGGCAACGGGGGGUGA